AUGAAUUCACCAGAGGACAGUUCUUCCUUUUCCACUCAGAAGACCUCAAAUUGGACCGACCACCAAACAUCCACUCCACAGCCAGGACUUAGUCCUGCUAGCCCAGUUCAAACACCUGUUUCAACCAACCCUGCUAGCCUGUCUCAAUCACUAAUUCCACCCCAGAAACAGAGGACCACAGAGAAAGGAACCUCUGAUGCAUCACAGCCACACAGUGAACGGCGCAAGAGGGGGAGGCCACCCAAAGACAAGAAACCUCAUACUGUCCCAGAACAUCAGAUCCAGUCCACUUCAGAUUCAGACCCAUGUUCACAGCCAGAGGAACAGCAUAACGAAGGGUCCCAUCUCUGUAGUCCAUCUGUAGAACAAGGAGAUACAACCAGCCAUAAUGUUCUAAUUGCUGGAGAUCACACAUAUUCACUGAUUAGAGAGCUAGAGUCUGAACCAUUUGUUUCACCCCAGAAACAGAGGACCACAGAGAAAGGAACCUCUGAUGCAUCACAGCCACACGGUGAACGGCGCAAGAGGGGGAGGCCACCCAAAGACAAGACACCUCAUACUGUCCCAGGACAUCAGAUCCAUCAGGCCCUAACAGAUACACACCCAUGUUCACAGCCAGAGGACCAAACAGAGGCUGAGACACAGUCCUUGACACCCAACUCACCUGCGCCUGGCCUUGAGGACAGGUGUCCGGCACCGGUGACAAAGAGGAAGUAUACAAAAAAAUCGGAGACCCCUAAGGUAGACCAGUCGCAGGAGACUGACCAGUCGCAGGAGACUGACCAGCCGCAGGAGACUGACCAGCCGCAGGAGAUCCAGUCCCCUUCAGAUUCAGACCCAUGUUCACAGCGAGAGGAACAAACGAAUGCUGUCACAGUGACACAUCCCCUCUCAUCCAACCCACCUGUGCCUGAGGACAGGUGUCAGCCACCUGAUGCCCAAACAGAGGUUGAGACACAGCCCCUGUCACCCAGCCCACCCGUGGGCACCUCUGAACUACCAUCCCCCACCAAGGAUUUCCAGAGGGUACAGCGUAACGAAGGGUCCCAUCUCUGUAGUCCAUCUGUAGAACAAGGAGAUACAACCAGCCAUAAUGUCCUAAUUGCUGGAGAUCACACAGACUCACUGACCAGAGAGCUAGAGGCUGAACUAUUUGUUUCACCCCAGAAACAGAGGACCACAGAGAAAGGAACUUCUGAUGCGUCACAGCCACACGGUGAACGGCGCAAGAGGGGGAGGCCACCCAAAGACAAGACACCUCAUACUGUCCCAGGACAUCAGAUCCAUCAGGCCCUAACAGAUACACACCCAUGUUCACAGCCAGAGGACCAAACAGAGGCUGAGACACAGUCCUUGACACCCAACUCACCUGCGCCUGGCCUUGAGGACAGGUGUCCGGCACCGGUGACAAAGAGGAAGUAUACAAAAGAAUCGGAGACCCCUAAGGUAGACCAGCCGCAGGAGACUGACCAGCCGCAGGAGACUGACCAGCCGCAGGAGACUGACCAGCCGCAGGAGACUGUAAGAAAUUGGAAGAAGACAUCUAAGGUAGUCCAGUCACAGGAGACUGACCAGUCACAGGAGACUGACCAGUCACAGGAGACUGACCAGUCACAGGAGACUGACCAGUCACAGGAGAUUAACCAUUCGCAGGAGAUUAACCAUUCGCAGGAGAUUAACCAUUCGCAGGAGACUGACCAGUCACAGGAGACUGACCAUUUGCAGGAGACUGACCAGUCACAGGAGAUCCAGUCCCCUUCAGAUUCAGACCCAUGUUCACAGCGAGAGGAACAAACGAAUGCUGUCACAGUGACACAUCCCCUGUCACCCAACCCACCUGUGCCUGAGGACAGGUGUCAGUCACCGAUGAGGAAGUAUACAAAAAAAUCGGAGACCCCUAAGGUAGACCAGCCGCAGGAGACUGACCAGCUGCAGGAGACUGACCAGCCGCAGGAGACUGACCAGCCGCAGGAGACUGACCAGCCGCAGGAGACUGACCAGCCGCAGGAGAUCCAGUCCCCUUCAGAUUCAGACCCAUGUUCACAGCGAGAGGAACAAACGAAUGCUGUCACAGUGACACAUCCCCUCUCAUCCAACCCACCUGUGCCUGAGGACAGGUGUCAGCCACCUGAUGCCCAAACAGAGGUUGAGACACAGCCCCUGUCACCCAACCCACCCGUGGGCACCUCUGAACUACCAUCCCCCACCAUGGAUUUCCAGAGGGUACAGCGUAACGAAGGGUCCCAUCUCUGUAGUCCAUCUGUAGAACAAGGAGAUACAACCAGCCAUAAUGUCCUAAUUGCUGGAGAUCACACAGACUCACUGACCAGAGAGCUAGAGGCUGAACUAUUUGUUUCACCCCAGAAACAGAGGACCACAGAGAAAGGAACCUCUGAUGCGUCACACCCACACGGUGAACGGCGCAAGAGGGGGAGGCCACCCAAAGACAAGACACCUCAUACUGUCCCAGAACAUCAGAUCCAUCAGGCCCUAACAGAUACACACCCAUGUUCACAGCCAGAGGACCAAACAGAGGCUGAGACACAGUCCUUGACACCCAACUCACCUGCGCCUGGCCUUGAGGACAGGUGUCCGGCACCGGUGACAAAGAGGAAGUAUACAAAAAAAUCGGAGACCCAUAAGGUAGACCAGCCGCAGGAGACUGACCAGCCGCAGGAGACUGUAAGAAAUUGGAAGAAGACAUCUAAGGUAGUCCAGUCACAGGAGACUGACCAGUCACAGGAGAUUAACCAUUCGCAGGAGACUGACCAGUCACAGGAGACUAACCAUUUGCAGGAGACUGAUCAGUCACAGGAGACUAACCAUUCGCAGGAGACUGACCAGUCACAGGAGAUUAACCAUUCGCAGGAGACUGACCAGUCACAGGAGAUUAACCAUUCGCAGGAGACUGACCAGUCACAGGAGACUGACCAUUUGCAGAAGACUGACCAGUCACAGGAGAUCCAGUCCCCUUCAGAUUCAGACCCAUGUUCACAGCGAGAGGAACAAACGAAUGCUGUCACAGUGACACACCCCCUGUCACCCAACCCACCUGUGCCUGAGGACAGGUGUCAGUCACCGAUGAGGAAGUAUACAAAAAAAUCGGAGACCCCUAAGGUAGACCAGCCGCAGGAGACUGACCAGCUGCAGGAGACUGACCAGCUGCAGGAGACUGACCAGCCGCAGGAGACUGACCAGCCGCAGGAGAUCCAGUCCCCUUCAGAUUCAGACCCAUGUUCACAGCGAGAGGAACAAACGAAUGCUGUCACAGUGACACAUCCCCUCUCAUCCAACCCACCUGUGCCUGAGGACAGGUGUCAGCCACCUGAUGCCCAAACAGAGGUUGAGACACAGCCCCUGUCACCCAGCCCACCCGUGGGCACCUCUGAACUACCAUCCCCCACCAAGGAUUUCCAGAGGGUACAGCGUAACGAAGGGUCCCAUCUCUGUAGUCCAUCUGUAGAACAAGGAGAUACAACCAGCCAUAAUGUCCUAAUUGCUGGAGAUCACACAGACUCACUGACCAGAGAGCUAGAGGCUGAACUAUUUGUUUCACCCCAGAAACAGAGGACCACAGAGAAAGGAACCUCUGAUGCGUCACAGCCACACGGUGAACGGCGCAAGAGGGGGAGGCCACCCAAAGACAAGACACCUCAUACUGUCCCAGAACAUCAGAUCCAUCAGGCCCUAACAGAUACACGCCCAUGUUCACAGCCAGAGGACCAAACAGAGGCUGAGACACAGUCCUUGACACCCAACUCACCUGCGCCUGGCCUUGAGGACAGGUGUCCGGCACCGGUGACAAAGAGGAAGUAUACAAAAGAAUCGGAGACCCCUAAGGUAGACCAGCCGCAGGAGACUGACCAGCCGCAGGAGACUGACCAGCCGCAGGAGACUGUAAGAAAUUGGAAGAAGACAUCUAAGGUAGUCCAGUCACAGGAGACUGACCAGUCACAGGAGAUUAACCAUUCGCAGGAGACUGACCAGUCACAGGAGACUAACCAUUCGCAGGAGACUGACCAGUCACAGGAGACUAACCAUUCGCAGGAGACUGACCAGUCACAGGAGAUUAACCAUUCGCAGGAGACUGACCAGUCGCAGGAGAUUAACCAUUCGCAGGAGACUGACCAGUCACAGGAGACUGACCAUUUGCAGGAGACUGACCAGUCACAGGAGAUCCAGUCCCCUUCAGAUUCAGACCCAUGUUCACAGCGAGAGGAACAAACGAAUGCUGUCACAGUGACACAUCCCCUGUCAUCCAACCCACCUGUGCCUGAGGACAGGUGUCAGCCACCUGAUGCCCAAACAGAGGUUGAGACACAGCCCCUGUCACCCAACCCACCCGUGGGCACCUCUGAACUACCAUCCCCCACCAAGGAUUUCCAGAGGGUACAGCGUAACGAAGGGUCCCAUCUCUGUAGUCCAUCUGUAGAACAAGGAGAUACAACCAGCCAUAAUGUCCUAAUUGCUGGAGAUCACACAGACUCACUGACCAGAGAGCUAGAGGCUGAACUAUUUGUUUCACCCCAGAAACAGAGGACCACAGAGAAAGGAACUUCUGAUGCGUCACACCCACACGGUGAACGGCGCAAGAGGGGGAGGCCACCCAAAGACAAGACACCUCAUACUGUCCCAGAACAUCAGAUCCAUCAGGCCCUAACAGAUACACGCCCAUGUUCACAGCCAGAGGACCAAACAGAGGCUGAGACGCAGUCCUUGACACCCAACUCACCUGCGCCUGGCCUUGAGGACAGGUGUCCGGCACCGGUGACAAAGAGGAAGUAUACAAAAAAAUCGGAGACCCCUAAGGUAGACCAGUCGCAGGAGACUGACCAGUCACAAGAGAGUGAGAAUUUGAGCAAGAGGAAGCAUGCAUCUAAAACGUCACAGACCUCCAAGGUAGCUCAAUCACAGGACACUGUCCAGUCGCAGAAGACUGUCCAGUCGCAAGAGACUGUGAGGAAGUGGAAACAUACUAGAAAGUCACAUAGCCAUAAAGUAGACCAGUCACAGGAAACUGUGGGAAAUAGGGAAAAGACAUCUGAAAUAUCGCUGAAACGUAAGCUACAGUCACAAGUGGAGACUGUAAAAAAGAAAAAAUAUACUAAGAAGUCAAAGAGCCAUAAUGUAGUCUUUGCCAACCCCAUCUCACUCCCUGUGUUAUCUGCAGACCUCUCCCCCAGCGUUUCCUCUUCCACACACAACCCUCCUGCUGUCCCAAAGAGAAAACAUAGAAAAAAAACACAGAGCCACAGGGUAGACUCUGAGAUCCUUUCUUCAUUCCCUGUUCUAUCUGCAGAACUCUCUUCUGGCCUAAAGAGGAGCCUCUCUCCUACUCUCAGCCCUCCUGCCGUCUCUUUCUCGACAAACACACCUAAGAGAGUCAGAACGACAAACACACCUAAGAGAGUCAGAACGACAAACACACCUAAGAGAGUCAGAACGACAAACACAAACACACCUAAGAGAGUCAGAACGACAAACACAAACACACCUAAGAGAGUCAGAGGCAGAACUAAGGUGGUCCAGCAGCAGAUGUGUCUUAGCUCCACCCCAGGCCCCAGAUCCUCCAUAGGAACAGUCAACCCCUUCUCUGUCUCUCUGUCUCCCCUGGUCCCCAGCUCUAAGCCAGACAGCCCUCAGAACGCCUCACCUAUCACCUGGAAGCUGUUAGAACAUCUAGACAAGAAUCCAGAGCCAGACGGAGCUGUACCCAGCAGUAAACCUUGGGGUAAACCCAGAGGUCGACCAAGGAAGGACCCGGCUGGAGUGAAGAAGGCAGCUGUAGUGAAGGGAGUGAAGAAGGCGGCUGGAGUGAAGGGAGUGAAGAAGCCGGCUGGAGUGAAGAAGGUGGCUGUAGUGAAGGGAGUGAAGAAGGCGGCUGUAGUGAAGGGAGUGAAGAAGGCGGCUGUAGUGAAGGGAGUGAAGAAGGCGGCUGUAGUGAAGGGAGUGAAGAAGGCGGCUGUAGUGAAGGGAGUGAAGAAGCCGGCUGUAGUGAAGGGAGUGAAGAAGCCGGCUGUAGUGAAGGGAGUGAAGAAGCCGGCUGGAGUGAAGGGAGUGAAGAAGCCGGCUGGAGUGAAGGGAGUGAAGAAGCCGGCUGGAGUGAAGGGAGUGAAGAAGCCGGCUGGAGUGAAGGGAGUGAAGAAGCCGGCAGUAGUGAAGGGAGUGAAGAAGCCGGCUGUAGUGAAGGGAGUGAAGAAGCCGGCUGUAGUGAAGGGAGUGAAGAAGCCGGCUGUAGUGAAGGGAGUGAAGAAGCCGGCUGUAGUGAAGGGAGUGAAGAAGCCGGCUGUAGUGAAGGGAGUGAAGAAGCCGGCUGUAGUGAAGGGAGUGAAGAAGCCGGCUGUAGUGAAGGGAGUGAAGAAGCCGGCUGUAGUGAAGGGAGUGAAGAAGCCGGCUGUAGUGAAGGGAGUGAAGAAGCCGGCUGGAGUGGAGGGAGUGAAGAAGCCGGCUGUAGUGAAGGGAGUGAAAGACCCGGCUGUAGGGAAGAGAGUGAAGGACCCGGCUGUAGGGAAGAGAGUGAAGGACCCGGCUGUAGGGAAGAGAGUGAAGGACCCGGCUGUAGGGAAGAGAGUGAAGGACCCGGCUGUAGGGAAGAGAGUGAAGGACCCGGCUGUAGGGAAGAGAGUGAAGGACCCGGCUGUAGGGAAGAGAGUGAAGACUCAGUAUGGUAAGAAGGUGAAGACUGCAGCAGAGGGAGGUUCCCAGGCCUGCAGCUCAGAGGGGCCUCCAGCCAAGCACAGAUGUAGAAGCAGGAAGGGUCUUACAGCAGAGGGAGGUUCCCAGACCUGCAGCUCAGAGGGGCCUCCAGCCAAGCACAGACGUAGAAGCAGGAAGGGUCUUACAGCAGAGGGAGUGGAGAGAGUCGGGCUGCAGAGCGACGACAGCACCAGCUCUCAGCCAAUCCAAUGCUCCAGACCACGGUUUGAGCUACUGGAGUUGGACUCACCGGACGAAGACACAGGAGAUGCCUCCCUGUCCUCAAACCUGUCCAUCGAACUGAGCCUACAGGAAGACCACUUGUCAUCACUUCCUCUUGAAGAGGAGGAAGAGCAGGAGGAUGAGGAAGAUCUGCCCAGUUUCUUAAAUAACACAAAGCCGCUGUCCAUAACAGAGGGAAUAUGUGUUUGGUGCAAAUUUAGAAACUAUCCUUUCUGGCCGGCAAUGGUGAAAAGCGUGAACCGGAAGAUGAAGAAAGCCAGCAUUGUGUUUAUUGACAACCUGCUGUUUGACAAGAAGAGGAUACGAAAAGGCUUCUCUGUGGCCCUAAAAACAUUGAAGCCUUUUGACUGUGAAGAGGCUGAUCAGCUUGUGUGUAAAGCCAGAGAGAGUUAUGAUGCUGCCAUCAAAUGGUGCCUGGAGCUGAUCGCCGACUAUAGAAUCCGUAUCGGAUGUGGCUUCACCGGCUCCUUCAUUGAAUACUUUUCUGAUGACAUAAGCUGUCCUGUGAGGAGACGUUAUCCUCAGAGUACCUCUGACCUCAACUUCCCCAGUAAGCUGAUGUUGGAGGAGCAGUUUUUAACCUCUGACCUUGGGGAGGAAGAGGAGGAGGGCAGCGGCCGGCAGGAGGAGGAGAGGAGGAGGAGGAGGAGGAGGAAGCUGCUGCCUGACCGCUCCAAGGCAGCACGUAACCGUGCCAAUGAGAAACUGGUGGACUUCAUCAUUAAGCAACGCCGGGUGGAGACACGCCUUCUAGGUGUGAUCGGCGGGCAGCAACAGUCUAAGUGGCUGCGAUGGUUCCUGGCAGCCAGUCGGUCAGUAGUGGACACCUACCUGGAGGAUGAGGACCAGCUGGACCAGGUGUAUCAGUACCUGAGGGGGGUGUAUGAGACCGCCCCCCUCACCGCCCCCUGCCUGGCUGACGUUGACCGCAUACGUCUCGUCCUGGACGUCCUCUUACCUGAGGCUAUUAUCUAUGCCAUAGCUGGAGUGGACAAGUUGUCACUGGUGAAGGCAGAGGACAAAUACCUAAAAGGGCCCUGUCUGAGUAAAAGGGAAAGAGAGGAGUUUGAUUGGAUGAUCGAGCAACAGAUGAAAAUGAAAGCAUCGAUCGGUCAGCGUCCUGUGCACUGAACACCACACUGCCUACUUUGGCUUCCAGCCGUCAGACUUCAGCCGAGAUGAAAUCCCAGGGCGUGUUGUAUAGUGCUUUACCUUCAAAUGUCAUUUCUGAUUGAGACGACAUCUGCAGCGUUUUACCGUGAAUGUGAAAAUCCUGGGAGGACGUACACCGCGGUUUAGACCCACUACCACAGUAUUUUAUCCAUCAUGGUUGCCCGUUAAGGCUGGAUUACUGUAAAUUCUGUAAAUACUGGUCUAUUUUUAUAUGGAAAAGGAAUGUCUUCUUUUUUUUUAAAUAGUAAUAUUUUAAUUCCUCUUCCUGUUUGAAUUCCUGUCUAAUUAUGUGGCUAUGUAAGGUUAGCUUGUCGAUACCUUCAUCUAUACCUAUUUCUUGGUGACAGGCAUAUAACAUUCUGAAUGUGAAUCAUGUCAGCUCAAUAAAGCUUCCUCAGUCA